AUGCCUGAAGAGAAACAUAAAUUAUCUAAUAUUCGUAAUAUCGGUAUCGUGGCUCACAUUGAUGCUGGUAAAACCACCACUACUGAAAGACACGUUGAUUUCACGGCGGAGGUGGAAAGAUCUUUGCGAGUACUGGAUGGAGCAGUAGUAGUUUUGGAUGGAAGUAAGGGAGUGCAAGCUCAAACUGAGACAGUUUGA